AUGCUUGGUGCACUCUUUACGCGCAACCUCGAGGCUCUCAAGCGCCCGGCCACGGCCAUGGACAGGGACAUCGAUGAGGCGGACGUUCAGGUCACGGCGGAGACUCACUUACAGGCCACGGCUACGGCUACGACGACAGGCGAGGCCUCCAGCGGGCAGUCCCAGCCCAAGGCUGCCAAAGCCAGUCCGGCCGCGGGCAGUGUGAGCACAGAAAACGACAAUGAUGAGGCUCAAGAUAGCGACGGAUCGGAAGAGCAGGACGGCGAGGAGCAAGAUGACGAAGAGGACAGCGAGGAUGAUGUUGACAACUUCACCACUUCCGCAAUCGUCACCGUCCACGUCGGCCCCAAGCGCAAAUGCUUCUACCUCCACCGCACCCUCAUCUGCGAACGGUCCCCGUUCAUGGAGAAAUGCCUGUCGAAGAACCGAUUCAGCGAAGGGGCCAAAAACGAACUAUACCUGCCAGAGGAUGAUCCCAAGGCGUUUGCCAUCGUGGUCGACUGGAUUUACCGGGGGAAACUGCCGAGUCUGGUGUCUGGCGUAGGUGGCGUCAAUGUGCUCGACAUGACUUCCGCGUAUUGCAUGGCGGACAAGUUCGGCAUGGAGGAGCUGCAAAACGGUAUUAUCGACGCCGUGAGAGCGAACCAUCGUGCCGCCCCCCAACAUCAACAUCACAUGCACCCUCAUGGAUACAACCACAACCACAGUCACUGCCAGAUGGGCGGACACAGUAGCGGAAGCAGUAGUAGAGAUGCCAGCCGACUGGGCCUGAUCUCGUCUCUGACAUCGGGACCAUCAGCGGACAGAGACACCCCGCCGGCACCGACCUUGCCCGAGGCCAUCCGACCGGACUAUUCGGCCCUCGCGGUCUGUCAUCUGACUGGUCCGCCCAAAUCACCACUCAAGCGUUUCUUCAUCGAGCAUCUCGUGUACCACAUGAUGACAUUCCCACGGUGGUAUCACAACGACUUUACCCAAAACCACCCGUCUUCGUCAAGGAUGGCUGGCACAGCGCCAGCAGACGAUCCACGUGCCGUGCGCGAUCGUGAGAAUUUCGACAAACUCUUCGAGAUGUCCGACUUGAGCCUGUCGAUCAUGCGGAAGAUCUGGCAAUGGCAGAUCGAACGCUGGGGUGAUCCGGCCCGUGAUCGAGGAUGUGCGUACCAUGUGCACAGCAGCACCCAGUGCGAGUACAAGAAAGCUGGGCCUGCCUCUAGUUCCGGCACGUCUGGCAACAAACCAAGCGUCAGGGGGGGCCUGAGCAGUAACCCGAACCAUUCGGCGACACUGUUGCAAGGGUUGGGAUCGAAUUCACGGGCGCAGGGGAACUGGAUGGGCGGAUCGAAUGUGGCUACAGCAGGGUUAAUCGGCGGCUGGCAUCCAGGGGUUGGUUGGUAG